AUGAGUAGUGGUGGUGAUGGUGCUGGUUUUGGUCUUCCCGUCACCGCACCUGAUUCUGGUAGUAGAUCCAGGCGCUGCUCUCCCUCUACCCUUCCAGAUAGGUCUCGGGCCGCUUCGAUUCGGAGCCGCAGUCGGUCUCGCACGCGACGAUCGCCGUCUUUCCGUCCGCCAACCGGUCCUCGGGGCCGGUCGCCGAACCGAGAACCGCGCCGAGACUCUGAUCACCUUGGUCCACGUUGGUCCAACGAUGACCCGACGGAGAGACCGGCUCAGAUUCCCACCGGUCCCAGUCAACUGCGCGAUGGGCGAUCGUCAAAUUCGAUUCCCACGCAGCCCAGGAUCGCCAGCAUUCAGGCUCCGCCGUCGGGGCCAUCGCAAGGAUUGAAGAUGGGUGCAAUAGGGCCGGGUCGCGGUCCUCAAAACAUGUCUUUACUGUCCGCGCCCACGCGUCCUCGUCGCGGGCAUGGCUCUCGAGAUGAUCCUUGGCAUGGACCCUCCAUGGCGCGCCGUGGACCACCUCCGGCGCCAGCGGGACACGGCCCUCCUGCUGGCCCUCGAGCAUCAUUCUCAUCUUCUAUGUCCGGUGGAGGUGGUCAUUACCGCCACUCGGGCGCCCGUCAGCAUAGCACUGCGUCCGCAUAUUCGUCACCCGGACCGAAGCCUCCCAAUCAUCUGUCCGGGUUGAGUGCGAUCAUUCCUGGCGGCAAGUUGUCAUCUUCGAUCUUGGAUCCGCCCAAUGAGAGACGUCUUGCGCAAUUGGAAGCGGAUUGUGAGAGGCUCAACGAGCAGGUCUUGGAGAUUCAGAAGAUCAAGCGAGCUGGCUUACGCGAUUGGGACCGGUUGGAUCGGGAGAGUUCGAUUUGCGCUCUCAAAAGCGAAUUGGCCGAGGGCCAUCUGCAGCGCAUGGCAGAAGAAAACAGCAUUGCCGGCGGUAUUUCGUUCUGA